CGUAACAAGUAAAAAAGCAAAAAAUACAAUGGGACAAAAUGCAAGCAAUUUGCCUUCAUGACAUCUGUUGUUUUUCGGGUAUCAACACAUACAUACACACAUAUACAUGUAUGUAUGAGGCAUUCUAGCGGAAAAAAGCUCCUUAAAAAAAGUGUUCAUAUUUUGUGGCAAUUAUAUACACAUACGUUUUAGUAGAUGUAAAAACUAGAAGAAAGAGCAUGAUUUUUGGUCCUUCAUAGAUAAAGAAUUUUAAGUUCGCACAUAGACUGGCUGGUGGCGCUGGUGAAUAUAGAUACAUAAGUAUUAUCUAAGAACAUGCCGCAAGCAGAAUUCUGGGGCCGAAUUACCGCAUAAGUGAACGAGUAAAAUCGUUCGAAAUCUCUCUAUUGUGAAUUAUGAAUCUCUUUGUUGAAAGGGAAUUUUUGAAAUUGGAGAAGGCGAAUUUUAGAAUGAAAUUUCAUUCGAUACGAAAGCGCACUCGAUCACGUAUGCGAUAAUUCGGUCCCAGCUCACAACGACAUGCUGUAUGUAAUUAUUUCCUUUCGCGUGAAAUAAACUAUGGCUUAAUGCUCGUAUAUAGGGUUUCGGCUGCCUUAGCUUCCAAUAUGUGUAUCUUUUUUUUAUUUUAUUUUUUUUUUUUUGCUGUAAAUUUAACCUUUUAAUUUUUUCGGCAGAGCUGCUUGUUUUGGCGCACAGAUAAAAGAUUUCCUAUAGAUGAAUUUCCCCGCUCUCAAACAAAUGGCAACUACGAACAAUGAUGGCGAUUUCAUUCUUAAAGGCCUAAGCCUAAGCGCGUUGAGAAGCGCCACGUUGAAAAUUACAACUCUGCAAACAAAUGUUAAAAAGCAACACGCAAAAUUUAAAUAAUUCUUAACUUUGACAACCGAAAACACAACUUCAAAUGUGACAACACCGAAUGAAGCUCGGUUUCAAGCGUCAAGGUUGAACAUUUUUUUACGUUUCCACGUUGCUUUUGUGGAAUUUGUGUGUAUAGUUGCAUUAUUGCAACGUGACGCUAAAAGCCAAAGCUCAAAACGCUCAUUCUGUUUUGGCCUUAAGAGUCACCUAGGAGAGGAGCAAGUGGAAUUGAGUGAACACAAAAUCAGCAGAAAAGCACAAGUUAAUUAACAAAAGGAAGCUAACAACAGAGUUGAAAAGUGUUGUGUAAAGAUAAUUUAAAGUUUAAAAGCAAAAUAAGUGUCCACAAUCCAUUGAAAACUCGUUCAUUGUUCAUACACAGUUAUGUUGAAAUUCUCUCUUCUCUUAAUUUUCCUCGUUUAUUUCUAAUCUUUGUACGUGGUGCCUCUUAAAAGAGCCGAUAGUUCAUCUAUAGCUAUUGAACAUCUGUGCUUUGAGGAAAAAUAAAAUAAUUAACGCCAUCUAUACGCUGGACAUUUGCUGUAAAAUUUUGAGAGAAAUUAAAUUCCUUUUCGAGUCCUUGCAUAGCAGGGUUGCCAUAGUCUCAGAAUUCAAACUUUUUAACAAAAUCAUUUUCGAACCGCUAUAACUUUAAAGCAAAUGAAUGGAUUUAAAAACACCCAAGAAGUUUUUUUUUGCAGAAUAUUCUAAAUUUUAAAACUACAUUUCAUAAAAUUAAAAAAAAAAAUGUCAUACAAAAAUAAUCGGACGAACAUUAGCAAAGUUAAGCUGAGCUGAUUAAUUACAAAUAUGGUUAACCCAAAAUUUUCUUUAAAGGAUAGAAAGAUGAUAAAAUAAGGAACAUUUUAAAGUAAGUUUGAAAAAAAUCGAAGGGAGCAUAAAAAGUAAAAAAUUAAAAAAAAUGUUUAUUUUUUUUUGUUUAAAAGUUUGAUUCCAGACACUGUGGCAACCUUGCGUUACAAGGACCUAAAAUUAGGUUUUUUCUUUAAGUUUUUAUAUAAUUGCCAAAACAAUUAACACUUUAUAAGUGGCUUUUUUCCUGAGAAUGACUCAUAUAUGUGUACAUGCUGUGUGUAUGCUUAUCACAAACGACAGAUUGGAAAAUACCUUAUAUGGCCUGAUGAUUUGAAAAAAUUGUAUUGAUUUGAUUUAAGGAAUAAUUAAACUAGUCCUAAAUGAGUCCAGUAGUCAUGUCUAUGGAUAUUAUAUGCCAAUGUCACAUGCAACUUUGAUAACAGAAUAAAAAUAAAUAAUAAUAAUAAUAAUAAAAUCUUAAUUAGAAUGCGGUUAAGGAUUGUAUGACUAGAUUAUGAACCAUAUAUGGAUAUAUUAAGGAUAAAAGAUACAUAGAUAAAGCAUGGAUUACACCUGAAUGAUGUAUAGAUGGUGGAUGUUUGUAUAAAGGUGUGUCUUUACAAAUUUAAAUUAUUUGUGAAUCGUAUACUCAUCACAUCCGACAUAUUCGGCUGGCCCGAAAUCUAAAAAUUUUACGGACUAUAUGGAGCAUAAAUGCGAUAUGUGACUAUUAAACGAUUUUUGAUUCCCCUAAACAUAUCCAAAUGAAGUGUUUCUAUAUUUUAUUUCCUGCAAGCGUAAAUUUAACAAAACGUAUCAAUUAGUUUUUAACAAUUGAUCAUCGAUGGUAUAGAGUAUUUUAUAAAUCAUGAUGCACAAAAAAUAUUUUUCCGUUAAGAUUACAUCGAUAAUUCUACUAUUUUGCAAUGUGAUAUGGACAAUACGUUUGUGUUUUGUUAGCCAACAAUUAUCGAAUCUACAAGGAUUUUCAACCAGAAAUUCCGCACUGCUUAACAAUAGUCGGCGUAUGGCCGGCAAUGCUGCAGCAAGUCCGUAUCGCGACAAAUUAUCAGCAUCAGCAUCUGCCUCCUCCUCGUCGUAUUCAAGCAUAGCUGAACAUGUAAAAAAUCUCAACAGUUUAGAGUCAUUUUCAUUGGCAUUUCAAAAUGUAUCUCUUAAUUUAGGCCGUUGGGAUAAUCAACGUUUGUAUAAAUUAUUCGAUUUUGCGUUAGUGGGCGACACGUAUGAGGAAUCAUCGGCCAAUAGUCUCAUAUGUCUGGCCACUCAGACAUCGGUGGAACGCCUACACUCGGUGGCCGAGGUGGCACGCCAAUUUGCAGGACCCAUCUCGAUAGCGGUCUUUGUGGCGGGCAGCGAUGAAUUCACCAUGUUGCAAUAUUAUGUGACCUAUUUGAGAUUGUGCUUUGAUUUUGUGCGCACCAAUGUUACCUUUCAUUUGGCCUAUCCGCACGAAAGGAGACCACAACAUGAGACGGCUGAUGCCUAUAAACUAUUGCAAAUGUUCGAUUGCCGCUAUCCAUUGAAGACGUUCCUAAGGAUAUCCCAAUUGCGUACAAGCGAAACAAAGCGGUGGCGUCUACGAAAUCUCUAUCCCCAGAAUCAUUUGCGUAACUUUGCCCGCAAAGGUUGUCAGACGAAAUAUGUAUUCCUCACUGAUGUCGACAUAAUACCGAGUGCCAACAUUGUGCCGCUGCUCAAUGAUUUUCUCGCCACGGCAUCGGCCAGGUGUUCGACGGGAUUGUGCGCUUACGUCAUACCAACACUUGAGAUAGAUGAGCGUGUACGUUUCCCAACGCACAAGAGUGAACUACUGCGACUAAUCAAAAGAGGUUUGGCAAGGCCUUUCCAUGAAAAAGUUUUCAUCUAUAAUCAAUAUGCCACCAAUUUCUCAAGCUGGCUGGCCAAUACCCAGACGGAUGAUCGUAUAACGAUUAGUCAUCAGGUGACAAAUUAUGAAUUCUUUUAUGAACCCUUCUAUGUGGCAUUGGAUAAUGCUCCGCCCCAUGAUGAACGCUUUGUGGGUUAUGGAUUCACCAGGAAUUCGCAGGUUUAUGAAAUGUACAUAGCUGGCUAUUCAUUUCAUGUCUUAACUCCUGUCUUCACCUGCCACUGGGGUCUGCAGAAGAAGAAUGCUCGCCCAUCAUGGCGUGAACAGCAGAAUACCUUCAAUAGCAAGCGUUUUGAAAUAUUCAAAAAGGAAAUAUUUGCCCGCUACAAACAUCCUCCCAUAAGGCAGCUGUUUAAGACUAAAACGAAAUUUUAAUUUUUUAGUCCUGCCCCCAAAAACCAACCUCAGCUCAGGAAGGAAGCUAGAAAACAUGUGUAAUUAUCAAAAAAUAUUUUUUAUUAUUUUUUUUUUCAAUCCGCCCCCACAAAAUACUCAAAAAAACAGAUGACAACAGAAGACAAAAAGCCCACAUAGGGCAUUCAAAACAACAUUCCUAUAAAUAUUUGUGUACCUAUUUGUAUAUAUUAUUGUAAAAUAAAAAGACAUAAAAAAAAUACACUAUCGAAA